UUUUUUACUCAAGCUUCAAAAUUUGUACCACUUAAUGAAAUUCCGUAGAAUAUGUACAUUUUUCACUGAUUCUUAUCACUUGAUUCAAUAACAAUAUGUAACAGAACAAAUAAGUGUUUAAUAGUAAAAAGUGAUACUACACAACGGAUGAUAUAAAAUAAAUAAUACAUACAAGUUGUUUUUACAGAAAAAAAUUACAGAAAUGAAUUGAAAGUUUUGAAGUGAUAAACGUGAUACGACAUGAGUCUCAUUCAAGAUCAUUUAAAAUAUAUCGCUUGUCUUAUCAUUAUAUUCUUAACAGGCACCACCGAGGAGGUUUACACGAAUUAUGAAGGAGUUGCAACUUAUGCUCUAAAAGAAACAAAUACAAAUUCAACACCAGUUUAUAACAAGAAGGAAGAGAUAUUAAGUUUAUGCCCAGUAGGAAUCCUGUGCACUGAAUUAGGAGGCGAUUGUUUGAAGUGUACGUUAAACACGAAUUGUAUAUAUGGUGCUAAUUAUACUGCAAAUUGCACUGUACUACCACAAGUUGAUUGUAUAGGAGAACAACAUUUCCAAAAAAAAUAUAUUUGUCGUUAUUGUUAUCAAACGGAGCACUGGGAACAUGAAUGUCAUCAAAAAAAUUCCUGCAGUUCAGUAGCUUCACCUCAGCAAUAUUAUAGGACUAAUUGUACGGUGAAAGACGAUAUUUUGUGCCUAGGUAGAAGAACAUUUAUGAAAAAUUUACCGUGCAAUUGGACGGGUGGUCAUCGGUGGUCUACCGCUCUUAUUUUAAGUAUUACUCUUGGUGGAUUCGGAGCUGACAGGUUUUAUUUGGGUCACUGGCAAAUUGGACUCGGAAAAUUAUUCAGCUUCGGUGGAUUUGGCGUGUGGACGUUAAUUGAUGUAGUUCUUAUAUCGAUACACUACCUAGGCCCUGCGGAUGGGUCACUCUAUAUAUAAUUUGUUAUACGAUGUAUGAUUUUCCAGUCACUUAAUUGUUAAUGUUAAAGAUUUUCUGUACAUAUGAUGAUAAAUACGAUAA